AUGUCAGAAGCAGGUUACUCAUCGGCAGUACAGAAAUUCUCCCAGACUUUGCAGUCCUUUCAGUUCGACUUUAUUGGUGACACCCUAACAGAUGAUGAAAUUAAUAUUGCCGAGUCCUUUAAGGAGUUUGCAGAGCUGCUCCACGAGGUAGAGCUGGAGAGGUCUAUGAUGGUACAGAAUGCUAGUGAUUUGCUGAUCAAACCUUUGGAAAACUUUCGGAAGGAGCAAAUAGGGUUCACCAAGGAAAGAAAGAAAAAGUUUGAGAAGGAUGGUGAGAAGUUUUAUUCUAUGCUGGAUCGCCAUUUGCAUUUGUCUUCCAAAAAGAAGGAAUCCCAAUUACAGGAGGCUGACCUUCAGGUUGACAAAGAGAGACACAAUUUCUUUGAGUCCUCCCUUGAGUAUGUGUACCAGAUCCAGGAAGUACAAGAAAGCAAGAAAUUCAGUAUUGUUGAACCGGUACUGGCUUUUCUCCACAGCCUCUUUACAUACAACAACCUGACAGUUGAGCUCACGCAGGAUUUCCUCCCUUAUAAACAGCAGCUUCAGCUCAGCCUGCAGAAUACAAGGAAUCAUUUUUCCAGCACGCGAGAGGAGCUGGAAGACUUGAAGAAGAGGAUGAAGGAAGCCCCCCUAACCUGCAAGCUACCUGGGCAGCCGACCAUUGAGGGCUAUCUGUACACUCAGGAGAAAUGGGCACUGGGCAUCUCCUGGGUGAAAUAUUACUGCCAGUAUGAAAAAGAGGCAAAAACCUUGCGGAUGACGCCCAUGGAUCAGAAGCCUGGGGCUAAGCAAGGCACCUUAGACCUGACACUGAAGUCCUGUGUAAGGAGAAAGACAGACUCUAUAGACAAAAGGUUUUGUUUUGACAUUGAAACUAAUGAAAGGUCUGGGACCAUCACACUGCAAGCACUCUCGGAAGCCAAUCGACGGCUGUGGAUGGAAGCCAGGGAAGGGAAGGAGCCGAUCUACCACAGUCCCAUCACGAAACAGGAAGAAAUGGAGCUGAACGAGGUCGGCUUCAAGUUUGUACGGAAGUGCAUCAACGCAGUGGAAACAAAAGGGAUUACUACAGAGGGCGUCUACCGGACUGUUGGCAGUAAUAUUCAGGUGCAGAAGUUGCUGAAUGCCUUUUUUGAUCCAAAAUGUCCAGGGGAUGUGGAUCUCCAAAGCGGUGAUUGGGACAUCAAGACGAUUACGAGCUCACUGAAGUUUUAUCUCAGGAACCUGUCUGAGCCCGUCAUGACCUACAAGCUCCACAAAGAGUUGGUCCUGGCUGCCAAAUCUGAGAACCUGGAUUACAGGCUGGGAGCCAUUCACGCUCUGGUCUAUAAACUACCUGACAAGAACAGAGAAAUGUUAGAGCUCCUCAUACAACACCUUGUCAACAUAUGCGAGCACAGCCGAGAGAAUCUGAUGUCACCGUCUAACAUGGGGGUGAUAUUUGGACCUACGCUCAUGCGAGCACAGGAGGACACUGUGGCAGCGAUGAUGAACAUCAAGUUCCAAAACAUAGUAGUCGAGAUCCUCAUCGAGCACUUUGGGAAGAUCUACUCCGGCCCCCCAGAAGACACCACCGCCCCCCCGGUGCCUCCUCCCAGGGUGGCUGCCCGGCGGCACAAACCCAUCACCAUUUCCAAACGUCCUCUGAGGGAAAGACCUGUCUUCUUCGGUGCUUCUGUGGAAGAAACUGGAGGAGAGUGCGACGGUGUCCCUAAGCCACGAUCCCAUGGUGAUAAACCCGUGAUAAUGCGUCCCCCCGUGAGACCUCCGGACCCACCAUGCAGGACUCCUGUCCCUCCGAGACUGGAGCAGAGGCCGGAUCUGAUAGCAGGAACAGCAGAAGAGAUGCCUUCAUCCGUAGUGGCCUCUAGGACAAAGUUCUUUGAGACAGCUUCCCGAAGAACAAGCAAUUCUUCAUCACCACAAGGCAGGAUCCCAGGUGAUGAGAGCUGA